CUCUCCUCCAUUGCUUUUUAAAACUUAUUUUGUUAAUGUAAACAGGGUUGGGAUUUAAAUAUUUGUUCCGUUAAAGUAUGAUCUAGUCUGUAGUAUGGUUUUACAUUUUGUUGACAAAGACUUCUCGGUGCCUGCCCGUACCCUGGGUGUUUGUUUUCCCGAAUACAGGGAGAAGAACUGAAAGGAAAGAAAGGAGUUAAUCGAUUCUGUUAAACUCUACAAAAUGAGCAAUUACACAGUAACCCUGAGUGGACCUGCGCCAUGGGGCUUCAGGUUGCAGGGAGGUAAAGACUUCAGCAUGGCCCUGACCAUCUCCCGGAUCACACCUGGUAGCAAGGCAGCAAGCGGAAACCUCAAUCAAGGUGACAUCAUAACAGCAAUCGAUGGGAUCAGCACUGAGGGCAUGACCCAUCUGGAAGCCCAAAACAAAAUAAAGUCAGCCACUGCCAAACUCACUCUCUCCAUGCAGAGGUCGAGACGUCCAGCUCCUGUACCCACAGCCACUCCAAGAAUGGACUCUCCUAUGCCCGUUAUCCCUCACCAGAAGGACACCAUGGACACUGAGGAAGGAGAAGAAGAUGAAAAACCAGUCAAAAUAUACGGCAUCCUCUUGGCCAAAAAACCCUCCAAAAAAUCUCUCUUUCCGAUCACAGAGGCAGAACCUCAUAAUCCUGAGGUGGAUCCUUCAAAACCUGUGGAGAAAACAGAAAAUGCUUCUUUAAUUAAUUCUUCUGCAAAAACCCCUGUACCUACGUAUCUCACAUUUGGGCAAGCGGCAAAAACCACCCCAAAUCAGAAAGGGCAGUAUAAUUCUCCCAUAGCCCUGUAUUCAACAGAAACUUUAAGGGAAAUGGUCAUGCAACAAGGCAGUCUAAAUGGCCUCCCAUUCCUGGGUUCACUUCCUAUCAAAGACCCUCUUGUGGACAGUGCUUCUCCAGUUUACCAGGCUGUGAUCAAACCUGAUGAUAAGGAGUCUGAGAUGUCUGACUGGGCACGGCGUGCCGCCAACCUGCAGUCCAAGUCCUUCCGCAUCCUUGCUCAUAUCACAGGAACUGAAUAUAUGCAAGAUCCAGAUGAGGAGGCUCUUAGAAAAUCGAGGGAGAGGUUUGAAUCAGAGGUAAAAGGCCCACGAUUUGCCAAGCUGAAAAACUGGCACCAUGGCCUGUCUGCACAGAUCCUUAACAUCCAGGAGUAAAUACCACAUGAUAUUGCUGGUCACAGGUUAUCGAGGCAACAAUCAACAAGGAAAAGGAAGGAGAUGUAAUGUGAGGGUGCAACAGGCAGAGAGGAGUAUUCUAGUGAUUGGAAUGUGAGUUAGAGUUAUAGACUAGCCUGUAAGUGAACACAUUGAAAGCUAAUGUAUUUGAUGUUCAUAUGUCUGUUUAAUGUAACUUUCAGCCACUGAAACAGUGCUCAGUUGUCAUUUUAUUUUUCAUUCUAUGUCGCUCUUUUUCUUCCCUUUUUGGCUGCUCUGUUUAUCCUUAAUUAUUGCUGAAUAAUGAAUUGCUGAUGUAAAAAAAGUAAACCUGAGAGAAAUUAUGAAAUAUUUGUACCACAUCCACUGCAAUACACCACAGCACACAUUGAGAUAACAAACCAUAUGUACUAUUUUUAAUGUGAAUAAAACAUUAUUAUACCAAAUAAACAGAA